AUGGCCGAAUCCCCAGUGAAGACCGAGGGCGAUGCCGCGCCUCGGCCCAAGGCUGGGUACAAGUCAUGGAAGAAGAAGUACCGCAAGAUGCGCAUCUCCUUUGAGCACAAGAUGCACGAGGGCGAAGAUAUUUUCAAGCAGGAGGCCAAAGCACAGGCAACCGUGAAGCGGUUAGCUAUUGAGAACGAGUACGAGAGCACCGCAUCAAACAUCCUCCUCGAGAUCAACAACUCCCCCCAGAUCCCGCUCGAGAGGCGAGUCAACAUCUCUCUCCCGCCAUCCAAAUCCAGCGACCGCAUCCACCCCAUCGACCAAGACUACGAGAACCAGAAGGAGCUGCCCCUGAAGAGACUCGAAGACCUCAUCCACGAUGUGCCACACCAGCCCUACAGGCUCGCCAAGGAGUCCGACCCUCAGCUGGUCGCCGAGCUCGAAAAGUCGGAGGGGGACAACUACCCAGCCCACUUCCUCUGCGCAGACGACAUCGACAAUUACCUCCACCUCAUCGACCAGAACAUGGAACCGGAGAACCCAGUGCCGACCCUCGCUCCCCUAGCCCAUCCCACCACCAACCCUCCCCUCCAC